AUGUUGGAAAUCUCUCUCAAAGGUCAGGUCGGCAUCGUUACCGGCGCUGGCUCGGCGUACGGUAUUGGAAGGUCAAUGGUGCUGGUAGCAGCCAGCGCUGGUGCGGCAGUGGUGUAUGCCUGCGACCUCAAUCUCGGGGCGUUAGACGCGCUGAAGGAGGCCACCAAGGCCACUGGUACAUGCUGUCGGGUUGAGGGCCGUCAGCUCGAUGUUUCAUCCGAGGAACAGACCGUGGCUCUGUUGAGGGACAUUCUGGAGAAGCACGGCAGAUUCGACUUUUUCUUUGCAAACGCUGGUUACGCAAUCUACCGUCCACUGCACGAGUUGAGCUCGGAGCACUUUAUGCGCGCCGUCGAAGUCAUGCAGAAGGGACCAUACCUGGCUGUCAAGCAUGGCGCGCAAGCAAUGAGCGUCUGCUCAUCCGACAAGCCAAAGUCCAAAGGCAGCAUCAUCAUCACGUCGUCGUGUGCCGCAUUCGGAGGGGCCUACGCCGACCUCGCCUACACAGCCGUCAAGAAUGCUUGCAAUGGUAUUGUGGAAAGCGGAUCAGUGCAGCUGGCCUCGAGCAAUAUCCGAGUCAACGGCAUAGCGCCCGGCGUCACCAAGUCGAGCAUCCUCACGAGCUCAACACUGGCCGAGAGCGGUAACCCGUACAAGCUCGAAGCCAGUGAGGACGAGAUUGCAAAAACGCAUUCCAAGUUCUUCGAGCGGGGCGGACUCUACGCGGAUGAGCAUAAAUACUACAACCGCGCAGCAGAGCCGGAGGAGAUCGCAUACAUUGCCGCCUUCCUCUCUUCUGAUCUUGCCGCGGCCAUCAAUGGCCAGAUACUCUUGGCAGACAGUGGCAAGACGACCGCAGCUACUGGUGAAGCUUUUACGGGGCCUGUACCAGCCGCGCCGCCGUUUAAACUAUAG